AUGUCUACCUCUCUCGCUGUUUCCGUCCCCCCGGGAUACGAGCCUACUCAUCUGGAGAUGCUUUUGUUUCGAUACAUUGAAACCUUGUCCCUUCGCCACGCCCUUAGGGUGCUAGAACGCUGGCCUGAGGAUUCUCCCGUGGGACAGUAUGCUGCUAAAGUUCUACGUGAGCUUCCUGCAAAUUACUUCCAGCAGCCCCGGCUUUUGCCCACCGGACCACGUUUCGUCUAUGCAAAUGGUGUGCUAGAGCUGAAACGUAUUGAUCAAGCUCUACCUAUGCAGCAACUCCACCCUGACUCGACCACCGGGUGUGUUGGACAUGUGAUGCAGAAUGUACUCUCCUCCCCCUUGGAGCAACGCCGCCUUCGCCCGCUGAACAGCUUUAUGAUCUUCCGGAGUUUUUGCGCACCAAUGUUUCCUGGUAUUCCUCAGAAAGUGAAGUCUAUGGCUAUUAGCGAAAUGUGGCAAGAUGAUACCUUGAAGUCCCACUGGGCUGUUCUCGCUAAGGCCUACACAAUCAUCCGUGAUCACUUCGAUGUCGACACCCCCUCGCUCCCUGCCUUUGUCGAGCUUUGCCUGCCUCUGAUGGGUUUCCUGUCUCGUCAGCAGUACCUCAACCUGUCUGGCUGGAGUGUCCAGCCCACCGGAAAUAGCCUCAGCUUGCGCAAGAUUGCUUCCUCAAAUUUGGCUAGUCUUAGCCCGCCGAUGAUCGCUGUCGACCAAGUUGUGAAGCACUGCAUCGAUAACAACUACGCCCAGACUCGCAGCGAAGAGUGGGAUAAGCACAUCCUCGAAAAUGGAGAAGUGUUCGCCGUGGACCCAUCCUUUACAGCAACCGUUCGGGACCCUCAGAACUGGGUGUUCAACGACGUUCCUCAGUGGCCAAUUGAAGAAUUCGAAGUUGAUGAAAUGUACUCCACCCUCGAUACCGAGCGCGACCAUGGACUUCCUAUCAUCUAUGACCCUAACAAAAACCCCUCUCUUUCUGCUACAAUGGCGAACCUUGAGCGACUCGUUACGAAUAACUAG